GGAGAAGAAGAAAAGAGAAGAGAGAAAGAAAAGGGUGGGAGAGCGCGAGUAACGGCCGCAGUGGGACUUUGACAGGCGCACCAGACAAAACAAAACGAACAUGCAAGUAUCUUUGAAUUUACAACCUGGUCCCACCCAAACCUACUUUAAUAUUUUCUUAAUUUUUAAUUUUCCUCUUUCUUACACCCCCACCCUUCCCUCUUGUGAAACGCGCACACCGAUAUGCAAAUAGCAGUGCAACACGCACUUUCUUCCACCUCCACCUCAACCUAUCACAUCACAGAACCACCACUCUGUGCUUAUUUUCUCCACACGCCACCACCACAAUCUCUUCCAACGUUAACAAAAUCAAAACCAUCCACAUCUGUUCCAUUCAUACCAUGGAAUCCGACAAAACAACCUUUGCAGCUCUGUUCCUCACCACCCUCAAGCGCCCCUCCUGGGCCCUCCUCUUCCUCCUCUUCACCCUCCUCACCUUUCUCUCCCUCCACCUUCCCGCCAGGCCCGUCUGGCUCCUCGCCGGUCCCCACCCUGGGCCCUAUCCAACAUCAUGCGCAGCCUUCUUCCGCGACGUUCCGCCCAGGAAGGUCGUCAUGUCCAUCCAGGACUUCGGCGGCGUCGGCGACGGCACCACUUCCAACACUGAAUCGUUCCGGAGGGCGGUUCAGUACAUGCAGCGCUUCCAGAACCGCGGUGGGGGCCAGCUGAAUAUCCCCGCCGGAACCUGGCUCACCGGCAGCUUCAAUCUCACGAGUAAUUUCACGCUUUUUCUUGAACACGGUGCCGUUAUUCUCGCUUCACAGGACCCGAAAGAAUGGCCGAUAAUUGAGGCAUUGCCAUCUUAUGGAAGAGGGAGAGAGAGGCUUGGAGGAAGGCAUAUUAGCCUUAUUCAUGGAAAUGGCAUUAGCAAUGUUGUUAUUACAGGACAAAAUGGGACAGUUGAUGGUCAAGGAAAGAUGUGGUGGGAACUUUGGUGGAACAGAACAUUGGAGCAUACAAGAGGGCACCUCCUUGAACUAAUUAACUCGGAUAAUGUUCUCAUAUCAAACCUCACCUUUCGAAAUUCUCCUUUUUGGACCAUCCAUCCUGUUUAUUGCAGGAAUGUUGUGAUCAAAGGGAUGACAAUCUUGGCUCCCCUUAAUGCUCCAAAUACUGAUGGCAUAGACCCAGACUCAAGUUCCAAUGUAUGCAUUGAAGAUAACUACAUAGAAAGUGGGGAUGAUCUUGUUGCCAUUAAGAGUGGUUGGGAUCAAUAUGGAAUCAACGUGGCCCAUCCUUCUACAAAUAUUAUAGUGAGGAGAAUAUCAGGCACUACCCCCACUUGUUCUGGAGUAGGCAUAGGAAGUGAAAUGUCUGGUGGAAUUUCAAAUAUCAUAAUUGAGAAUUUGCAUGUGUGGGAUUCUGCAGCUGGUGUUCGGAUAAAAUCUGACAAGGGCAGAGGAGGCUAUGUAGCUAAUGUUUCUAUAAGUGACAUAAGAAUGGAGAGAGUCAAGAUACCCAUUAGGUUCAGUAGAGGUUCAAAUGACCAUCCUGAUGAUGGGUGGGAUCCAAAAGCUGUUCCUAGAUUCAAAGAUAUUUUGAUCAGUAAUGUGGUCAGCAUAAAUUCAACAAAAGCCCCAGUUUUGGAAGGUGUAGAGGGUUCAUCAUUUGAAGGCUUAUGCUUCAAAAACAUUACUCUGCAUGGUGUUGCCUUAUCCAAAAGAUGGCGUUGUGAAUAUGUCUCUGGUUUUGCCACCGAGGUUUUCCCUGUUCCUUGUCUCGAGUUGCGGAACAAUAGCUAUUCAUCCUGGUGUUCACCUUCCUGAUAUUUUACCAUGUCCGGAUCCUAGAUAGUUCCAAGUUCCAACAGUGGAAAAAAAAGGUUUUUAAAUUUCCUCACAUUAUGAUUUGGUUAAGCAGUUUUUAGUCUUGCUUAAGUAUAUUGUUUCUGUGAGGCACACAUAUUGAGCUGAACUGAGUUGAACAUUGAAGCCUGAAUUAAGGUGAAAAUUUCCUACUUUUGGGUUGUAAGGUUUGACGGCAUUGGAAGGUGCGGAGUAUUAUUUGAUUGACUUGAAUACUCCUCCUUGGCCUUGGUUGGUGGAAGCUACAUAUCAUGGAGUUGCUUAGCGGUUAGACAAGUGGUUCAUUCUUGUGUUUUGCUCAAGGAUGUUUUCUUUAGAACUAUUUGUUACAGUUUGUAUAGGCAAAUUAUUCUUGGUAGAGAGACCUAAAGUUGAAUACAGAGAGAACUCAAUACACACUGUAGAAAACAAUUUUGAAUCAGAUCAGGCCUUUCAAUUUUCCUUUAUAGAUACGGAAUAUGCCAAACGAAUUAGUUUACUAUAUCCUAGUUUGUUUUAAAGUGUUUCAACUUGUAUAGUAGGAUAACACGGCACAAGGAUUUAGCAUAUAGUCAGAAAAUUAUUGUACUGUUAUUCAACAUUUAUAUGUGCACAGAUAUUUAACUGUAAUAGAAAAAUAUUUAGUUAAUCAA